AUGCCACCCAUCGCCCUCAUCCCCCCCCUCGCCGGCGACCCCCCACGCGCCCACUCCCUCGAGAUAAUCCAAACCUUCAUCCAGCUCUUCCGCCUCCCCUCCCUCACCCCCUACCUCCCACCGCCCUCCUCCCGCGUCCACAAGCUCCCAGGCACGCUCACCGCGGCCUUGACCGCGGCCCACCCCUCCUUCCCCGCGCUCGGCGCGCUCCUCCUCCACCACCCCGACUUCGCCCUCGCCCGCGCCCAGCACGCCCAAACACUCGCGCACCACGUCGCCGUCGCCGCCUUCGACGCCGAGCAGCUCCCCGCCGUGUGCGCGCUCCUGCAGGUCUUCCACGCGCCCCACGCCUACAUCGACGCGCAGCGCGUCCCCACGCUCGACGACAUCCCGGCCAUGAUGCGCGCGCGCAAGGCCCUGGACGCGGUGGUGCCCAUCUACAUUGCGCGCGCGCGCCUCGUGAUGGAUCCUGCGUGGGGCGUGGUGCAUCCGCGCGCGGCGGUGGAGCCCGUGUUUGAGCUCGGUGAGACGGAGGCGGCCGUCAAGGUUAUUGAGAGGGCGUUUCUGCGCGUGUGGACGAUGGGCCGGGUUGUUGCGGGGCGCGAGGUGGAUAUGCACCGGGUGAGGAACCGGAGGGCGCCGCAGAGGUAUGAUCAGGAGAAUCAGGAUGUGUUUUGGGCGUUCAUGCAGAGGGUGCCGGUGGCGGAGGUGGGCGUGUUGAGGGGGUGUGUGGCGAGGGUGACGGCGGAGGAGGCGGGGGUCGGGUAUGUGUUGGGGUUGGGGAAUCGGGGGGAGGAGAGGAGGGUCGCGAGGUGUGUGAGGGAUUUGUUGUUUUGGAGUUAUGAUUUUGGGGCGGGGGUGGAUUUGGAUUAG